AUGGGAAAUCAAGGCCAGCUUCUCAGCUUCCUUAACUUAAUUUCUCCCUUAAAAAAUAAAGGGACCCUUUUAAGAAAUGUAGCUCUCGUACUUAUUGUUUAUAUGUAUGCCGGUGUAAUGUACAUACUAUUGAGGAACAGUAUUGACAAUUUAAAUCUCUACCAACUCGGCGUUAUUGGCGGAUUCAAUAUACUCUUUUUUCUCUUCUUUAUCAGCUUUAUUCGAUCUGCGGUGACUGACCCUGGUGUGGUUCCCUUGAAUUGGGGGUUUUAUAUGGGUGAUGAUACAAAGAGGAGAAGAUAUUGCAAAAUUUGCAAUGUUUGGAAGCCCGACAGAACACACCACUGCUCCUCAUGCAACCGUUGUGUUUUAAACAUGGACCACCACUGUCCCUGGAUUGGAAACUGCGUUGGAUUCUACAACCGUAAAUACUUCAUGCAACUCUUAGUGUACUCAAUUUUCACGCUUGGUUUUACCCUGUUGCAAUCAGUAUUAUAUUUGUACAAUGAGACUAUUGAGAAUUCUAAUGACGAAUUCGACGAGGUCGGUACCAAGGCAAUUUCCUACAUUUACGUUUGUGGUAUGAUCUUUAUCGGACUUGCACUUAUUAUUGCUCUGAUUCCAUUCGUCCAAUUCCACUUCAAAUUGGUCUUGAGAAACUCGACAACUAUAGAGAAUUUAGAUGAUUCUAAUAAGGAUUCUGGGAUGUAUGACAUGGGCGUCGGUGCUAAUUUGCAACAAGUGUUCGGUGCUAACCCACUUUGUUGGUUCGCGCCUUGUAACCUUCCUCUUAACAGACCUGUUGGCGACGGUGUAAGAUGGUCUCAGUAUUGUUAUAAUCCGAUACCUGAUAAAGUUUAA